AUGUUUGAGUUCCAAGACGCAGCAUGGUCGGCUUGUUACCAGGACCAAUUUCUUACAAAUCUUUCCAAGAAUGUCGUGAAGAGAUGUAUAGAGAAGCCUUAUCUAUGUACACUCCUAGACGUCUCUCAUUCGAUCCAGAAAGAAAUUUUUCAAGGAAAUCAUAACUUCGGUGAGAACCGUGACCUUAAAAGGUUUCCGAAGAGCAUACUGAAACAUUUUUGUGCUUUGAAUGACCGAACUGACUAUGGUGGCAUGAUUUACUCGGUGAUUUCCAAAUGGCGAGAUGACAAUGGAGGAACGUUGAUUCAUGUGAGAAACACUGCUGAUGAACAUAGUCCACCCACGUCCUCUACGAAAAAGCGGGAUAAGGUCUCUCUGAAGAAGCAACAGAUCCUUAAUGAUUUGAAAGCGCAAAAACGUAGGCAAUCGAAGCCACAACUUCAGCCGCAGCGUGUACGUACCACAAAGAGGAAUGCAGCAUCCAAAGAAAAUGUGGAUACACCUUCCAAUACAUCGCCUGUAACUCAAAGCGCUGAAUUAGAAGAACAACGGAUCCAGCGGAUGAUUAACUCCAAAAUUGUUCCAAGACGCAGCAUGGUCGGCUUGUUACCAGGACCAAUUUCUUACAAAUCUUUCCAAGAAUGUCGUGAAGAGAUGUAUAGAGAAGCCUUAUCUAUGUACACUCCUAGACGUCUCUCAUUCGAUCCAGAAGAAAUCAUAACUUCGGUGAGAACUGGUGACCUUAAAAGGUUCCGAAGAGCAACUGAACAUUUUUGUGCUUUGAAUGACCGAACUGACUAUGGUGGCAUGAUUUACUCGGUGAUUUCCAAAUGGCGAGAUGACAAUGGAGGAACGUUGAUUCAUGUGAUUUGCCGCGUUUCUACACUGCUGCAGCUGGGUUCGCCAAUAUGCUGGCAGGAUAAGAAUAGUAUAUCACCAUUAGAGAUAGCUUAUACGUAUGGGAAUGGAAACUUGCUCAAAGCGUUGCUAAAUUCAGGCGCAACAUUCCAUGAGUUGUUAGCCAAUGAAGAGAGACUGCAUCCAUCGCGAAGAGGACAUCUUUACAAACAGCUGGUACGGUAUUCUGGGGUCCUCGGUGGAAUUAUGCGUGGUGCUCGGAAGAGAAUUUUAAGGAACAUCUAUGAAGUAGCGGUUUUAUCGCCAGUCUUUAUUGCGCCUUGUAAGGACGGAAUUAAUCAUGUUUUUCGAUUCACGUACUCCCCGUCCGCUGACAAACACCUUAAUAACACACCGAUGCAAUGUCCCAUCCUUUUCACAUAUCUAGCGGUGAAUCGGCCAGAAGUUGGAAAACGAGGUGUGGAGUGGUCUUUUCGUUGCCAUGGUCCAAUAGCUUGCUUCGCCCCAACACUGAAUGGACAACUCGUAAAACCAUUAACUGGAAACGUGCAGCUAGGAGUUCAGACUUCGGAGCUACUCUACGAUACUUUCGUUUUCCUAUGUCCUCUGAAAUUCGGCGUCAAUGUACUGGAAUUUAGACUGCAUGAAUCAUAUAUGAAUAAAAGGAUGAUGUUUGCCGCUCAAGUAGUGAUGAUGAGAAAGACCAAUCCCAAUCCCUUCUCAUGCGAUGACUCUUCUCCACUUUGA